AUGCAGAGGUCACACACGUCUCGAGGGGCAAAUGGGAGCGAGCAAACGCUGCCCCGUACCGCAAGUACGUCUCAAAGCAGUGGGAUAUUUUCUAAUCUCAAGAAGCUUGCCACUGGAGGGAAUCAUGGCAGUAAUCCACAGGCAAACCAGAGCCGGAAGGAACUUAUAUCUUCUCCAAAGAGGGUUUUCACUACAGCUUCGUUAGAAGCAGCAACGCCUAUCAGUAGUAAUAAACCACUCAAUAAGAAUAAUACACUGAACACUCAUAAUAUCUCGCAUUACACAAUGGAGCCCGAGACCCAUUCGCGUUCUCAUAGUGCUUCGUUGUUAACCUCACCAACCAAGUAUUCAUACUCGCGUAGAUCCAGUCAAUUAACAAGAUCUUCAACAAAUCGCUCAAUGCUGUCUUCGUCUGCAGCUUCUGUAAGUUCAAACUCGACCACUGUAUUGAAUAAAUUCCUAACCAAUGAUGGUACAUUGAAAUUAGAAAGACCGGAGAAUGUCGAAGAGAUAGACGGCUUAUUCAUGGACCUGCUAAUAAAGAGAAAUGUUUUCGAUACAGUUUCACCUCAGGACCAGAAGGACAUGCUCAACUACCCAAUUGAAAAGAAAUGGUUGAUGGUAAAACAAGAUCUUCAGUCGGAGUUCAAACGUCUCAAGAACACCAAACCUAGAUAUUCAAAUAACGAAAAUUCCCACACCGUUAAACGUAAUGGAAGUGCAACAAAACUCAAUACGCAAUAUGAGCAUAUGCUACAAACCAAUAAUUCAGAGACUUCUCUAAACUCGCCGUCUCACUCACCACCUGAAUACUAUGUUCGCCAGAUUAUUAGUAAGAAGAUCAAGAAUAAGGAAUUAAACGAUUUAUGGGUUUCUUUGAGAACGGAACCUCUUGACUGGGUUAUAUCUUUCUUAGAUGCUCAGGGUCAGAUUGCUAUUGCGAACUUAAUAAUUACAAGUAUGCACCAAGAUACAACGGAUAACAUGAAUGCAGUACAUGAUCUUCAAUUUCUUGAAAGAGAAACUUCGCUUUUCAAAUGCUUGAGGGUCUUACUCAAUAUCAGAGAAUGUCUAGAAGAAGCGGUGAAGUCGACUCUCAUCACUAAUGCCCUUGUCGAAGGUUUGUUAUCUACGAGAAUUUCUACUCGUAGACUAGCUACUGAAACUUUGAUCUAUUUGGUUGCAAAAGAUGAGGACCUAAAGACCAGAACUAUGGGUUUGGAUACAUUCCCACUAGUAAUGGAGUCUCUUAAUCAUGAAAUGCCUAUAACUCAAAACAUCCACAUUAAAGCCAAAAUUGCAAGUGAACAAUCUGCUGGUUUUAAGCCACAACUUUAUCAAGUUUCUAAAAUACUCCAACAAUGGUUUUAUGUGCUUGAACACACAUUGGAUGGUAGGGGGAAAAUGGGCUCAUUAGUAGGUGCAUCAGAAGAAUAUAAAAAUACCAAUGGUGAAAAUUCAAUCUUUGAAUACCUAGUGGAAUCCAUUGUAUUAAUUAACCAAUUAUGCUUGAGAAGUGAGGACGUCAAAAAGAGACACAUGAUGAGAACUCAAUUGAAAACACUAGGGUUGAAUAGAAUUCUUCAAAAAAUGCAGCUUCUUGAUUACCCCCCACUAACUACUGUUCUUCUACAAUUUGAAGAUGCAGCAAUCGAUGAUUAUAAUAUAUUAUUAGAAAGUCAAAAGUCCACUGAAAAUGUGAACAUGGACGAUCCUGUAUCUAUUUUACAGAGACUCUCCUCAUCUUUGAAAGGCACUGAAGCAGAAUCAUAUUUAUUAUCUGUCCUGCAGAACUUGUUCCUCUCGAGCAAUAAACUGACAAGAGAAGGAGAUGACCCAUCUAAAUGUGUUCAACAGUUAAAACUAAUAGAUUCCCUAAUAUCUAAUGUGGCAAUUACUACUAUAGACUCAGAGUCAAAUUUCAACGUUGCCAUUCAAAGAUUAUAUGAUGCAAUGCAGACUGAUGAAAUUGCAAGAAGAGCGAUUUUGGAAUCUCGAGAACUUACCAAGAAACUAGAAGAGGUAAAAGCUGAAAGAGAUUAUUUGAAUGAAAAGAUUUCCAAGGCCGAGAAUGGUCUUGUUGGUCAAUUACAAGAAGAACUGGCCGAGAGGGAUCUAAUUUUAAGUAAAACUCAAAGAGUAACCGAACAAUUACAGUCAGAAUUGGAGGAGUUAAAGAAGAAACAUUUGUUGGAAAAGCAUGAACAUGAACUGGAACUUCGUAAAAUGCUGACAAUGGUGAACUCAAAGAAUGCCGAUUAUUCAGAUUCCAAUAAUAAACCAAAGAGUGAUCCUAAACCUUUAAACCCUGAAAGAAAGACUGCAAUUCAAAACGUCUUACAAAAGAGUCUGCAAAAAACUGAACAGGACCUACUCAACGAAUCUCGUAGACUAGGUACAGCUGUUGGCUCUAAGAGCAGACUGAAAUUACUAAGAUCCAAGAUGGAAGACAUUGAAAAUGAAGCCAGAGAACUUGAAAUGACGAACUUCGCUGAGUUCAAACCAAAACAAACUGUAAAGGACAAGCAAAAGAUUAAAGCAGAACAGAAAUCAAAGUUAGCUGAGUUAAGGAAGAAAUUGGCAUUGAUACAAAACGAAAGUAAUGAUAUAACCAAAUUCAAUAUUGAACAAAGGGUCAACGAACUAUUCAAGGAUAAAAAAUUGGCAGCAUUGGAUAGAUUGAAAGACCUAGAGCAAAAAUACAAUGGCUUCCAUAUAGACUUUUCAGAAGAUCCGGAACUUAAGGAGCUAUUGAAUGAUAAUUCAGAAACUGCGUCCUUGGAUCCAAAGAUUGCACAACAGAAGCUAGAAGAAAUGAACACAAUCAUCUCCGAACUUAAUGCUUUAAAGAAAGAGAUGGAGAAUAAGGUUAAAAGUAACUCUACUGAGCUAUCAGAGGCCUCAUCAAACUCCAGCACUUCAUCUUCAUCCUCCUCUUCAUCUGCUGAAGACUUAUUACAAUCGGGUGACUCUCAAAACUCCGACGUUGUGUCUAAUGGCUCAUCAUUCCUAGAAUCAUUAACUCAAAAGUAUGGGACUGGUCACCAACCUGCUAACUCGAUAUCGACAAACAAUAUCGGCAGGGAGACCAGAUACCCUGGUAGUGGCUAUCAUAGAAAAUCAUUCUUCGAUAGAUUAAAACACACAAGUGUCAACCCGGCAAGCAGCACUGAUAACCCUCCUCUAUUCUUGAGCGAGUUAAAAUCAAAGAUCAAGGUAGCAGAGGAAAUUCCAAACUCAACUGCUAAUUCAGCUGAUAGAAGCUCUGAGAAAUCGCCAGGUAAUGACACGGAAUUGAAUUCGAAGCCAUCUUCUGAACCUGUUGACAAUGAGGAUAUUCCUAAUGGACUCCAAACACCUGUUUCUCAGACAAUAAUCGAACCUUCUAGCUUGAGCAAAGAUGCUCCUUCUCCUCCUCCUUUACCAGCAUUCUUGGGUGGUAAAACUUCAAGUACGCCAAGUAUUGCACCCACUGCUGUCGUACCUCCUCCUCCUCCUCCUCCUCCGCCUCCACCACCUAUGCCACCGUCUCUCUCCUCGCCAUUAUCAGUAAGUGCUGGAAGCGGUGGAGCUCCUCCACCCCCACCUCCACCUCCACCUCCUUUCCCAUCCGCAACAACUCCAAAAUCUACUACCAUUGAAAGCCCACUGCUUCCACAGUCGCCAUCUCUAUUUGAAAGGUAUCCACGUCCAAAGAAGAAGCUAAAACAAUUACACUGGGAAAAAAUUGAUAAUACUGGUGACUCAAUUUGGAAAAACGCCCAAGCAGAGAAAGUAGCAGAUGAUUUGUAUGAAAGAGGUGUUCUAAGUCAGUUAGAAAAAGCUUUCGCAGCCCGUGAGGUGAAGUCCUUGAAAGGUAAAUCGAAAGAUUCCGAUGAAAAGAUCACGUUUUUGUCAAGAGAUGUUUCUCAACAGUUCGGUAUCAAUCUUCAUAUGUACUCUAACAUUUCUGUUAAGGACGUUGUUGCAAAAGUGCUUAAAUGUGAUAGAGAGUUCCUAUCAACUCCAAGUGUUAUCGAAUUUUUGUCUAAACCUACUAUUAUAGAGGUCACUAACAAUUUGGCUAGAAAUUUCACGCCUUAUAGUACGGACUGGGAAGGUAUAACAUCUGUGGAAGAGGCUAGACCUCCGGAGAAAGAUCCAACCGAACUUCAGCGCGCGGAUCAAAUAUACUUAGAAUUAAUGUUCAAUUUACAAUCAUACUGGGGCUCUCGUAUGAGAGCACUAACUAUGAUAACUACCUAUGAAAAAGACUAUUCGGAUUUAGUCACCAAACUAAGAAGCAUUGACAAAGCGGUCCAAGCCAUUCAAGCAUCGAAUAGUUUAAGACAUGUUUUUGAUGUUAUUUUAGCAGUGGGUAAUUACAUGAAUGACUCAUCCAAACAAGCGCAAGGUUUCAAGUUGAGUACGUUGCAAAGGUUAUCGUUUAUAAAGGAUGAAAAGAAUAGUAUGACUUUCCUAAACUAUGUGGAAAAGAUUAUAAGAGAUAAUUAUCCAGAAUACAGUCACUUUGUCGAAGAACUUGAACCAAUAUUCAAUGUUACUAAAAUAUCCAUCGAACAGCUUGUAGCUGAUUGUAGAGAGUUCUCCCAGUCUAUUAAGAACGUUGAACGGUCAAUAGAAAUCGGAAACUUAAGCGACCCCUCAAAGUUCCAUCCAUGGGAUAGAGUUUUGAAUAAGGUAGUACCGGUAUUACCUGAAGCGAGGAAGAAAGCUGACUUGUUGAAUGAUGAGGUGAAACUGAGCUUGUUGGAAUUCGAAAAUUUGAUGAAGAAGUUCGGAGAAGAUGCAAACGACAAAUUUUCCAAGAAUUCUUUCUUCCAAAAGUUUGCUGACUUUAUAACCGACUUUAAGAAGGCUAAAACGUUCAACCUGAAAAUCGAGGAAGAGGAGCGGGCUUACGAAAGAAGAAAAAAGCUGAUAGAAGAUCAGCAGCGAAAACAACAGGAAUCAGCACAAGGAGACUCUUCAGAUGGCACGAACUCGUUUAAUGCGGCUAACAACGAUGACCGAGAUGUCAUGGAUAAGUUGUUAAACAAAUUAAAGAAUGCAGGUCCCGCCAAAGGUGAUCCAUCUAGCGCUCGUAAAAGAGCGCUGGCUAGAAAACGUCUGAUGGAAGGAAAAGGUGGAUCUUCUGUGUUAGAUAAUAUCACAGCGGACCCCACCGUUGAAAGUGUUAUAGAAGAAAACGCGCCUUUCACUACUUCUCCUGUCGCAAGAAAGUUCAGUCAAAGUCCUAACAUAGAACCCGCCUCAAAUUCUAAACAGGAUCCUGCCGACAGGGCUAGAAACCUGUUAUUGGAGCUAAGAGGGACCGAUGAUAAAAUUGACAGCUCUACAAAUAUACCAAAAGCAAAAGACAGACUAAGGGACUGGAAAAAUAGAGACAAGGAAAAGGACAAGAAUAAAGACGUUACUUCUGAUUCGGAUUCAGCCCCUACAAGACUGCAAUUUCAUGAAAGUGCUGACACUCUUUCCGAUCCUGAACCGGCACAAUCAACUACUGGACCUGCUGCAACACAAACGUCUAGUUCUUCCGAAGAAGAAUUUACAGACGCUCAGACAGAUGACGCAUUGUAA